AUGCUGAGCCAGUGCGUUCGCCAAUCCUCGCGAUGCACGCGUCUCGCUGCCGCCACGCUGCCCAUUCGCCACUUCGGCGCAUCUGUUGCUCCUGCUGCUCCUGCUGCUCCCUCUGCGACUCCAGCUUCGGGAUUCGCAGUGCGCGAAGAGCGACUUCGACGAACGCUCUUCAAUGGAAAGUCAUUCAUCGAAACCCCAAAAAAUCACGCAUUCGUUCUGCCCGGAUCGGACGAGCGCAAGAUUGCAAAGGCGUCCACGCUGACUGCCGAUUCCAUUGUGCUUGAUUUGGAGGAUGGCGUCGCUCGCAAUCGCAAGGCAGAAGCGCGUAAACUGGUUCUGAACGCGCUCAACAGCGUUGCGUCCGCAUCAACGAUGUCCGCUCAGGCAAGUCUUGCUGUCGAGGACUUGACUGCCGUGCUCCAAUCUCCCAAGCUCCAGGGAAUUGUGAUUCCGAAGGUCGAGUACGCUUCUGACGUGCUUUUUGUGAGCGAGUUUAUCAACUCUGUGGCUCCUGCGUCUUCACGAGGCGAAAUCCGCUUGCUGGCUGCCAUUGAAUCCGCAGUCGGACUGCUCAAUCUGCGCGAGAUUGCAGCCUCGUGUCCACGCCUUGAUGCGCUGAUUUUUGCCUCUGAAGACUUGUGCGCUGACAUGGGCAUCACACGCACUGCUGGGGCCCGCGAGCUGCUGUUUGCACGCUCGUCGACUGUCGUCCACGCCGUGGCCCACCGUCUUCAAGCCAUUGAUAUGGUCUGCAUGGAAUUCAAAGACAACCAGCGUCUGAGCCAAGAGUGCGAGGAAGGCUUUGAAAUGGGCUUUACUGGCAAGCAAGCCAUCCAUCCCAAUCAGAUUCCGAUUGUCAAUGACAAGUUCCGACCGCCAGCAUCAGCUAUUAAAAAGGCGACGCGUAUUCUGGAGGGCUACAAGGCUGUGACUGACAAGGGUGUUGGUGCCUUUGAUUUGGACGGUCAGGUGAUUGAUUUGCCAGUUGUCAAGUGGGCCGAGAAGGUUCUGGCGCGCGCUGGCAUUCGCAAUUAA